AUGGAUUGCCUGAGCGUGCCAGCUGCGGCAAAUCCUCGAGCUGCCAGUCACCAUCUGGCAACUCUCGCUGAUGAUACGGGCUGUCCGAGUCUUCCCAGCGAGCAAGAGGCUACUACCAGUAGCACCCCGGGUACUACUGCAACAGCCCCGUCUCCUGUCCCUACUGAGGCCGCGGCUUCUGCAGUUGCGAAUGCUGGCACGUCCAUUGGGCCCGCGGUGGACGUCGUCUACCCCGCUGCCACGCCCCAGAUGCUUCGCCCGUCACGCGAGCCGGUUGCCCCUGGGUCGCUCGCCACGUCACCCGCCACGUCACCUGCCGCGCUCACCACAGAGGCAGAAGCUCGCAGCCAGCAUGCGAGCAUGCCACCGACGCUCACCGCUGCAGCAGACUCCGGCGCAAAUGAAGCAGCCGCAGUUGCGGACAGGACUCGGAAUGAUCAGUCCCAACUCGGACCGCAAGCUGGCUCGAGUCCCGGGCAGGACAAUAACCAACCUAGUAUGCGGCCAGAGAGCUGUGUCCCCGUCAGAAAUUCUGACGUAGCCUGCGAUGUGAGCUCAUCAGAGCCACCCCUCCGCGCCGGCCCCGGCAGUACUGAGGUUAUGGCCCCGCGCUCUGGUCCCGAUGUGCUACUGAGCGAUUGGGACAAGGCCUACAAAGCCGAUCGCAAAGACCUUGUGAAGUUAGCGGCCCUUAAAGCAGACGUCGAGGAGGCAAAGAAGCGCGACACUAACGGCAAGGGCAAGGCGCGAGCGAAGAAGUAG